GCAGCUUUGUUUAUUGGUUGGUAUUAAAUGGGAAGAAAAAGGUGUUGUUCCCAUUUGGGUUUGAAUAAUGGCCCAUGGACACCUCAUGAAGAUCUUCUGCUAAAAAAGUUUGUACAAACUCAUGGAGAAGGACACUGGUCUAUUCUUCCUCUGAAAGCAGGUCUUGGGAGAUGUGGAAGAAGCUGCAGGUUACGUUGGAUGAAUUAUGUUAGGCCUGGUAUUAAACAUGGUGUGUUCUCUGCAGCUGAGGAAGAGCUUAUAAUUAAGCUUCAUGACUUAUUGGGUAACAGGUGGUCAAUGAUAGCAGCUCGCGUGCCUGGAAGAACAGAUAACCAGAUUAAAAAUGCAUGGUAUUCCCGUUUGAGCAAGAAACAUGUCAGAACAAACAUGACAGAGAGAAAAAUCCUGGAAUAUGAGUCAUCUUCUAAUGAAAUAAUUCUCUCUCAGGAUAGAUAUGGAGAAAAAAUUGGUGCCCAAAAUUGGAAUGAUGAUGCCAAUCAUUUGGCAAAUCACUCUGAAUUACAUCAGCAAGAGGAGAACAAGGAGCCCUAUUUUGAGUGGCAAUCCCCACAACAACAUAACAUGGCAAAAGAUGUUCCCACAAUGAAAAACUUUUCACCCACUGUUAAGAAUGUUAAUGAUGAAGGGUUUUAUUCUCAACCAUCAUCACUCAUCUCUGCAGUGGAAACUCUCAAUGCCAUUUCUAUGUCUCCAACAAAUUUUGAUGGUGUUGGGAUGCCCACAUGCAAAAUGGGGUUGAACUUGCACCACAAAUUUCCAACAUGAAUUAUAAUUAUAAUCACUCCUCUAACCAUAUGUAUUCCUAUUUCAACUAUUGGUUGUGUGGGGAACAAGCCAUUUAAAGCAAUGUGCCAUCAUAGGAAGAGUCUCAUGUUGAGGAGCUCUCACACAUUAUUUUAGUAUUUGAACUAGUUAUAGUCAAGUUUCAUAUCUUUAGUUUAGUUUGUAUGUCAAGGUUUCUUUAUAUAGGUGAAAGAAUAUAGUUGCUCUUGUACAAGUUUCUACUGAAA